UAUAUCCGAACUAUGUACCUGGGGAUCCAGAGCCAGAGGCGGAAGGAACACCAGCGGCGUUUCUACUGGGCUAUGAUGUACGAAUAUGCAGACGUAAAUAUGUUGCGCCUCCUGGAAACUUUCCUGGAGAGCGCUCCUCAACUGGUGCUACAGCUCUGCAUAAUGAUCCAAAAGAACCGUGCAGAAACAUUACCAUGUGUGUCCUCUGUGGCCUCCCUGAUGUCCCUGGCUUGGGUGCUAGCCUCCUAUCACAAGCUUCUUCGGGACUCUAGGGACGACAAGAAGAGUAUGAGCUACAGAGGGGCCCUCAUCCAUCUCUUCUGGCGCCUCUUCACCAUCUCAUCCCGAGUUAUUUCUUUUGCUCUCUUUGCUUCCAUCUUCCAGCUCUACUUUGGGAUCUUUGUAGUGGUCCACUGGUGUGCCAUGGCUUUCUGGAUCAUCCAUGGUGGGACAGAUUUCUGCAUGUCUAAGUGGGAGGAGAUCCUCUUCAACAUGGUGGUAGGGAUUGUGUACAUUUUCUGCUGGUUUAAUGUCAAGGAAGGGCGGACUCGAUACAGAAUGUUUGCGUAUUACACGGUAGUCCUGACGGAGAACGCUGCCUUGACGCUCCUUUGGUAUUUUUACAGAGAUCCUGACACCACUGACUCAUAUGCCGUGCCAGCACUGUGUUGUGUCUUUCUUAGCUUUGCUGCUGGGAUAGCUUUGAUGCUGUUAUAUUAUGGUGUGCUGCAUCCCAUGGGGCCAAGAGCUAAGAUCUUUGCCAGCUCCUGUUGCGCCGAGCUGCUCUGGGGCAUUCCUUUGCCCCCCGAUGUUGAGCCCAUGGCACCCCAAACCCCUGGGUACCGGGGGGCCCAGGCUACGCCCACCAGAGCGGUCACGGAGCAACAGGAGGAACUCACAGCUGACACUUGCUUGCCCGUUUUCCAGGUGAGAGCAAUGGUACCAUCUACUCCAUCUGGGCGACCCUACCCCCCCGAGGGGCCUCUCAUUAAGAUUGACAUCCCAAGAAAGAGAUAUCCUGCAUGGGAUGCUCAUUUCGUAGACAGGAGGUUAAGAAGAACUAUCAACAUCCUCCAGUAUGUCACCCCCACAGCUGUAGGUAUUAGGUAUAGAGAUGGACCUCUCUUAUAUGAGUUGCUACAAUAUGAAUCUUCACUUUAAAGCUCCUUAAAGCAAAAGUAAAAGAGGGGACCUUAUUUUUGUUUACGGUAAACACAGAUCAUGAAACAAACACAAACCUUCAGAUAAGCUUUCUUUCUGGUUGCUGUAUGUAUAAAAAAAAAA